AUGACAGAGCCCGUCCUGACGAUCAACGGCAGCGGCUUGCUUCUCAAAGCGGUGCUCGACAAUGCCAAGCGGUCCAGCUACGUCGACCUGGUGCUGCACACGGGCUGGAUGACGUUCUACAAUAUGCGUGCGGUGGUGUCGGCCUCGCUCCUGGACUGCACGGAUGGAGGCGGCAUUCAGUCACAGAUACAGUCCGCAACUCAGUGCUUGGAAAACAUGGCCCAGGUUUCCACGUAUGCCUUGGUUCGGCUGAUCGUGGACAGCCUGGAUCUGCAGCCACAAGUGAAUGCUACUCUGCGCACCUGGAUGGCGGUGAAGGAGGCCACGAGGGCCAACUUCCCCAAACUGCGCUGGAUGGAUCAGUCGACAGCCGCUGGCGCCAUCCAUCACGUCGACAGUCUGAUCACCGUACUAACCAUGCCGGAACACCUGAAGAGUGACGAGGCACUCGAGAAAUUCUACGUCUUUUUGGACCAGAACGUGACGCAGCCGUUCGUAGUGUGGCUAUACAACACGUACCAACGGCGCCUUCAGGAGCAGAAGCGUCUUAUGAAAGAAGACCCGGCAGUUCCCGUUGAUCGCGAGGACAUUGUGUUCAGUCCUUCCGAUGUGAAUGCGUUUUACGCGCCCCUGUUCCACCUAAUGGUCAUCUUGCCGGGUAUCAUGAACGCACCGUUCGUCCCGAGCACCGAGCCACCGGCGGUCGUAACAGGCGGCGUCGGAAAACUCUUGGGACACGAACUGUCGCACGCCUUCGACCCGCGGUUCAGCACCCUGACUAGGACCGGGGACAAGAUAACGAACGUGCUCACCGAAACGUUCGCCGACACGGCCGGGACGGAGAAGGCUCGGCUGGCGUUCGGUUCGAUGGAACUGACCGACGGAAUCCUUGGUUACACGCCGGAGCAGUCGUUCUACGUGGCCAGCUGCUUCCUCUUCUGCUCAGAGGGCGCGUACACUUGGAAAAAGACUGGGUUAUACCCGCCUAUGAUGCUGCGCUGUAACCUGCCUGUGCAUAACCAGGAGAGGUUUGCGGAGGCGUUCAGCUGUCCU